GUUCGACAAUCUGCUCUAGGGUUCAUCGUGUGACGUCAUUUCCGGCGCCAUGGAGAGAACCGCUUCUGUAAUAUCUCGUAUGCGGCGGUUCCGUUACCAAGAGAACAGCAGUCUUCAUCACUUGCACAGCCAUACCCUUCCUACUGUACAGCGUGGUCGUCCUCUCAAUAACGUUUCCUGGCCACUGUUGUGACUCCACUGAUGUUACUGGUAAUGCUACUAUGGUGGACGAGGAGACAGCAUCAAUGACCUGAUUUUUAUCUGGUUAUGCUGCGAUGUCCCUGGGUGUGUUGUUUCUGGUAACGGGAAGUGUGUUCCUGUGCCUCAUGUACUGCAAACACGGGAAUUCGGAACCCCAGAGCCUCGACUCGAUGCGGGAACAAGAAGCAUAUCCGCUUCAGGUAGGCCUGCAGCAUACUCAGCCAGGAGUAUAUCCACAACCUACUCAGCCAGGAGUAUAUCCACAACCUACUCAGCCAGGAGUAGAUCCAGAACCUACUCAGCAAGGGGUAUAUCCACAACCUACUCAGCCAGGAGUAUAUCCACAACCUACUCAGCUAGGAGUAUAUCCACAACCUACUCAGCCAGGAGUAGACCCAUAGCGUACUCCACCAGUGUUAUAUCUACAACAUACUCAAGAAGGUGAAUAUCUACAUGCUUUUAAUGAAUAGGAAAAGAACGACAGUAAUUAUCCUAGCGCUAUCAAAACUGUAAGUCUGCAAAGGUUUCAUUUGACUUCAAAAGUAUAUUCAAUUUGAACAAAAAAAUCAUAGCAAAAUCAUAAUAAUAUGAUCAAUAAAAGAAUAAGGCUGGUAAUGUCCAUCACCGUUUUUUAUAUUUAAAAAAAAAAACAUAUUUGGAUCAGAAAAUAAAGCAAAUCAGAGAAGAGGAAGCGAGACAAACAGACUAAUUGCACAGCCGAUAAGUCUCUCCCUCUGACCUGCUUGGUAGAAGAGAACAGGCGUAAGGAAAUGAAUGAAAAGGAUAAAGAGAGAGGAAACUGUGGUGAAAAUGGCAGAUUCAGUUGGCGAAAAGUGAAAAAAAAGAUAAAGAGGCAUUUGUAUUAUAUGUAUCUCUAUCAAUCUAUCUAUCUAUCUAUAUCCUAGGAUAAAUGUGUAUAC